AUGUUUUAUGUUUUUUAUUUUAAUGAAGGAAUAUGUUAUCCUCUUGAUGAAAGCGCAGCAAUGGGAACAAUAUAUAAUCUUCAGUGUGCUAUUGAAAAGUCGAUCAAUGUUCUCCUUAUUUCUGGUGGUGCCGAACUGAAAAGUGAACAAAGCGUUGCACAUUAUGGCUGUAUUGGCACUGAAUCUAAUCCGGUUUUUUUAUUUAAUAAAAUAAUUAGGGUAUCAAAUAUGCGCAAAUAUUUUUCAACUGAAAAAGAAAAUCUUCUUAAAGAAGCAAAUACAUAUUUAACACGGUUGGAAUCACUGGAACAGCAACCAGUUAGUAAUAGUUUAGCACAAACAUAUCGAGUUAUAAACCAAAAAAUAUGGGACAUUUUUCAUGCAAUUCUUCAAUUAUGUAAUGGAAUCUAUCGUGAUCAUCAAAUGCUUAAUCAAGGAUUACGAAUGUUGGUCGCAAAUUUCGAAGAUUCAUAUAAAAGUGUAGAAAAGAAAAUGGAAAAAUUUUUCGAUCAAAAUCGAGUGAAAAAUUUGAAAUAUAAGGCGGUGAAUAUUAUUGAUGAAUUUUGUUCUGUGAUACCUAUAUUACAUCAGAUAAAAAUCCCUCCUGCUUUAUUAAUUAAUGUAUCUAUUAGUGAAAGUAGUAGAAAAAUGGCGGAGAUUUCGCUUUAUGAUUAUAUCUCAUUAAUAGAUCCUGAAAACUCAUUGGAAUCAGCAGUCGAUGAUCUUCGUGAACUUUUGAGCAAAAUUGACGAUAGUGAAUUGGAAGAAGCUUUAGAAAUGAUGGGUGCAUUAUCGGAUGAUGUUAAACCUGAUCCACGGGAAGUUAAAGGAUUUACUAGCAACCAUUUAAACGAAAUGGGUGAAAGAAUCUCAAUAAUUACAAAUGAUGGUGAAUCAAUACAAAGGCGAUGCUCAAGUUUUCUUUCCUUACCAUCAGGAGAUCAUCCGCUUUUAAAUGAUAUGAUAAAGAAUCAGCGGGCUCAUACUGCUGAAAUAAAGCAAAUAAUCUGUGUUGUUGUGCGAGAAAUGGAUUGGUUUAUUUCUGCAAAAGUUCAAGCCAUCCAUAAUGUCAUCACAUUUUUUGAAAACUAUGUUGCAUUUUUUGGGAAAUUGCAUAAAGUGAAUACAAUUUUGAUGGUGUUUGAGAGAAAAAAUAUAGCUGUGCGCCAACGACUUGGAGUUAUGCGCCAAAUAAUUAAUGCACCAAUAAUGUAUGUCAGUGCUAUUACAGAAUGUCUUCGCAGAAAUACGAUGCAACCAGAAUUUCAUUCAUGGUUUAUUUCUUUCAAAGAAAAAAGUAAAGCCUUUGUCCGACAUGAGGUUGCUAUACGAGAGUCUUUCAAGGCUAAAUUGGAGAAACAUUUUCUGAAACAUAUUUUCACCAAUAUGUUCGAUCCAUUUCCGGAUUUUUCUCCGGCGAAUUACAAAUCGUUUGAUCAAAAUUUGCCACCGGCUGAUUAUUCUCAUCUUCGAUCACUAAGAGAGACUGUUCCGCAGUUAACUGCUUUUUUGAAGAUUUCUGAACCUAUGAUUUAUCAACGCCUUUCUAUUCAAGAUCCUUCUGCAAUAGCUAGUGUGCAAACCCAGUUAUCUUCUUUAAAAAGAGUUGAAUCUUUUUUCACAUCAGAUGCUACUGCGAACAUUAUGGGAUUGAAUAAAAAAUUUGCUUCUACUACUUGGUUAAGCGGUGAUGAAAAUACCGAACCUUCACCAUCAGAUAUUAAUCCAUUUUUGGUAAAGCCUUCAUUUUCUACUUCAACCAGUAAUACCGCUGUUAGUGAGGAUUCAUGUGUGACGGUUACUUCUGCUAAAGUCCAGGCAAUUGAAGAAGGCAAUGUUUCACUUAAUCCAUUCCCGAAAGAUGGUUCUGUUUUGGGAGAAUUUUCUCAUACAUUCAUCAAAAAGAACCAAAUUGAUUCUGUUUUACAAGCCAAUAUUCUUGAAGCAUCAAAAAAUAUUAAUCAGGAAAUGCCUGAUUUGAAGCAAGACGAAAAUGAUGAAACGUUGAUUGAAAACACUGAUUUUAUAAUUCCAUCCAUCGCAACGAAUGAAGUAGGCAUUCAGACGGAUGAUGUGAACUUGCAAGAAACUCUUUCUAACGCAGCUGUAUGGAAAAAUCUCUCAAGGGAAUGUAAUGAAUUGUCAAGGGAUAUAAGGAGUAUAAAAGAGUUCCUUCGGAAGCUCAAAUUGGGCACCGAGAAGGAUUUAGAAGAACUUGCACAACAUUUUGAUGAAAUGAUCAAAACAAUAUAUGAUACAGAAGAAAAGAGAAGUGAAAGUGAUUUUGAAGAUGCUCAAAGCUCUUUCGGAAAUUUAAGUGAAAUAGUUGAAGAAUUAAAGACAAAUCUUGAAACUGCUGAAAAAGCGAAUCUUGAUGCAAAUGGUACUAUUAAAUCUUUGAAUAAUCGAAUUGCUAAUUUAGAAGAACGAAAUCGUGAACUACAAGAAAAUAUCACUAGAAUCGCUGAACGAGAAAACUCGUUGCGAAAAACCAUAAUUGUUGAACAACAGCUCGAACUCGAUCGUGCAUCACUUUUUCAUAAUGAAGAAAUAGCGGCGAAGAACCAAGAAAUAAAAUCUCUUAAAAAAGCUUUGGAAAAGGCAAAAGAGGCGCAUGAUUUUCCAAUGAUUCGGUCUGAAAUUUCACAUUCUUCCGAUGAGCUAAAAGGAACUUUAGAAGCGAAUUACAAAAUAAAAAUGAUUUUAUUAAUGAGAGGUGUUGAAGGGAAAAAGGCUGAAGAAAUUGCGCGAAUUAAAAAAGAAGCCGAAUUUGAAAUGACCGAACUGUCGAAAAAAUAUGAGAAGGCUUUACAAGAAUUACGAGAUUGCCCUUUGAAACAUAGUGUCGGAGAUGAUAUUACCAUUCAGCAGCAAAGCAAAUUUGAUAAGAUUCAGCAAUCUCAAGAAAUCACUGUGGAAAGUAAAAGCGAUGUUGCUACAUGUUGCAAAGUUAAGAGGUGUAAGGGCUAUCGUCAACCUCGAGUUCUCAGCCAGAGGUCUGCGAGAUUAAAUAUUCUGCGCAGUACCUUAUUUGUUAAUAGUGCGCUUUUUUAUGCAGAUAUCUCUAAUGUUGUACAUGGAACCUUUAAAGCCUUUUUAAUUUAUGGAUUACAGCUCUUAAUGCUGCAGUUAUUAAUGGGUCUUUGGCCUUCACGUUCCACAUCUUCUCUAGUUCCUUUUUUAACCCUAUUGUUUUUCUGA